AUGGCUACCCCUAGUGUCCUCGCUUUUGACGCUGAGGGUCGAGCCAUUGACUUUGAGGUCUGGGUCGACGACCUGCAGCUGUUCUUACAGUGCGAUAGGGCGGACGGCCUUGACCUCUUUGACCUCACCUCUGGCGCCUCUCCUGCCCCUGCUGCUGAUGCUGACCCCACUGUUCGCUCUCAGUGGGCCACCCGCGAUGCUGCUGCACGUCUUGCUGUGCGUCGCCACUUGCCCAUCACUGAGCGCGCGCACUUUAGUCAGUACAAGAGUGCUCAGACCUUGUACGACGCUAUAGUUGCGCGCUACUCUUCCCCUGCCACUGCUGCACUGAGCCGUCUCAUGCUACCGUACCUCUUUCCUGAUCUCACUGCCUUUCCCACUGUCGCUGACCUCAUUACGCACCUCCGCACUAGUGACACUCGCUACCGCGCCGCCCUUCCUGCUGAGUUCUGCGCCAAGAACACCACCCCCAUGUACAUCACUCUCUACUACAUAGUCACACGCCUCCCUGACUCCCUUCGCGUAGUCAGGGACCACUUCCUCUCAGUCUGUCCCACCACUCUCACUGUCGACCUCCUCGAGAAGGCCCUCCUAGCGGCGGAGAAGAGUAUCGUCGCUGUUGGAGCCUCUCGUGGUGACCCUCGCACCCCCAUCUUUGAGGGGUGUUCUCCUUCCCCCCUACUGCCCUCUGUUGCCUCUGCUGCUGCUGCCGACCUGCUUGGUCUUGAGUCGGUCGGCGCGGCGUCUGCCCCUAGCGAGAGACGCCGCCCUGGCAAGGGCAAGGGGGGCAAGGGCGCGGGUGGAGCUGGAGGGGGCGGUGGAGGUGGCGGUGGAGGCGGCAGAGGGAGUGGGGGUGGCGGUGGGAGUAGUGGCGGAGGCGGAGGUGGUGGUGGCAGCGGCGGAGGAGGCCGCGGUGGCGGCGGCAGCGGUGGGAGUGGAGGCGGCGGUGGUGGCGGAGGUGGAGGCGGCGGUGGCGGAGGGGGUGGAGCUGGUCGGGGUGGUGCCCCGCAGCGGAGCGACUCUGGUAGUGGUCAGCGCCAGCAGCAGCAGCGUCCGCGGGACAUCCCCCCGCCCCAGCAGCUCCGUGAGUGGUACACGCAGCGUCAGAGGGGUGGGGGUACUAGUCCGUGCGCCUACGUCCUUCGUUCCGGCGACCGCGCGGGUGAGCAGUGUGGGGGUGCCCACCCCACCCAGCGCUGCUUUGGCCGCCUGACGGAGGCUUGGCGUCAGCAGUUCCCCGAGGCUAGUGAGAUUCCCCGCUGGGGAGAGCUGUCUAGGGCUGGUGUAGCUAUCUUUGAUCUUGACUUUGAUGCUAUCCUUGCUGCCAUGUAUGCUGUGACUAUUAGUGAGGAGGGUGACUGUUACCGGUGUUUCCCGCCCGACCUGGGCAUUGGUACUGCUGUGCUAGGUGCUUGUGAGGCUACUGCUCUAGGUGCCAGUGCGUCUGCGCUCUCAGGUACUGGUGAGGCUGCGCUCCCAGGUCGGCACCUGGCCACGUUCUCGCGUCGGCCAGGGUCGAGCCUCUACACCCUGACCACUGAGUCUCCUCCUAUCCCUGCGUCUGGCCAGGUAGCUGCGUCGGGUCAGGUGUUUGCUGCUGCGUCCCGGUCUGGUCCUGAGUCUGCCCCCUGUUCGUGUCGCCUCCUGUCUCACGAGACUCUCCUGUCGCACCACCGUCUUGGCCACCCCUCCUUGCCUCGUCUUCGGGGCAUGGCUUCCCGUGUCCUUGUCUCUGGUCUCCCCCGGUCUCUCCCUCCCCUUCCUUCGGGACCAGGACCUUCCUGUGUACCCAGUGUCGAGAAGCGCCUCCGGGCUGCUCCUCACUCCUCCCAGUUUCCCCCGACAGAGGCUCCUCUGCAGACACUUCACAUGGACGUGUGGGGCCCGGCCCGCGUCCGUGGGCAGGGUCACGAGCGCUACUUCCUGCUGGUGGUUGACGACUACUCGCGUUACACCACAGUCUUCCCCUUGCGCAGCAAGGGUGAUGUCACUGAGGUGCUGAUCGACUGGAUCCGCGCAGCUCGUCUCCAGCUCAGGAGGAGCUUCGGCUCGGACUUUCCUGUUCUGCGUCUGCACUCUGACCGAGGUGGGGAGUUCUCCUCUGGCCUUCUGCAGGCCUACUGUCGUGCACGGGGGAUCCGCCAGACCUUUACGCUUCCGGACUCUCCACAGCAAAACGGGAUUGCUGAGCGCCGCAUUGGCAUGGUCAUGGACGUCGCUCGUACGUCCAUGAUGCAUGCGGCUGCCCCCCAUUUUCUGUGGCCGUUUGCGGUUCGGUACGCGGCGCAUCAGCUCAACCUUCACCCCAGGGUCUCCCGGCCAGAGACCUCCCCAGCUCUGCUGUGGACGGGGAAGGUCGGCGAUGCGUCUGCGUUUCGUGUCUGGGGAUCUCGGGCGUUUGUCCGCGACUUGUCUGCGGACAAGCUGUCCCCUCGUGCUGCUCCCUGUGUCUUCCUAGGCUUCCCCCCUGACGCCCCAGGGUGGCAGUUCUACCACCCCUCCUCUCGUCGUGUUCUGUCCUCCCAGGACGUCACGUUCGACGAGUCCGUCCCCUUCUACCGCCUCUUCCCCUACCGCACUCCUUCCCUCCCCCCACCGCCACACUUCCUUGUGCCAGGUGCCCCCCCGGUAGACCCCCUUCCCCCUCAGGGUCCUGCCCCUUCUGGUGUGUCCCAGGUUGACGCAGUCGAGCCGGUCGAGGUUGCUGGUGACUCUGGUACUGCUGCGGGUGCUGAGCCUGGGGGUGCUGACUCUUGGGGUGCCGUGCACGUGGGUGCUGCGCCUGGGGGUGCUGAGACUGGGGGUGCUGCGCCUGGGGGUGCUGAGCCUAGGGGUACUGCGACUGGGGGUGCUGAGCCUAGGGCUGCUGAGUCUGGGGGUACUACGUCGGGAGCUGCUGAGCCUGGGGGUGCUGCGUCUGGAGCUGCUGAGUCUGGGGGUGCUACGUCAGGAGCUGCUGAGCCUGGAGGUGCUGCGUCUGGGGCUGAUGGGCCUGGAGGUGCGGAGCCUGCGGCCGCUGGACCUCCCCUUGUGGUGUCUGGCGGUGCUGGGCCUGGAGGUUCUCUGGGUGCUACGUCUCGGCGGGAGCCACUCUCUCCACAGGAGCUGCGCGAGUGGUUUGCUCGCCGCUGGAGGCGUGCUGCUGGAGCUGGAGUUUCUUCGGCUGCUGAGGGUGCUGGUGCCGCCGGUCCCAGAGCUGCUGGGCCUGCGAGUCCUACUGGAGCUGGCGCUGCAGAGGGUGCUGGUGCUGAGACUGCUGCUGUCUGUCCUGGCGGUGGUCCUGCUGCUAGUGCUGCUGGAGGUCCUGCCGCUGGAGGUGCUGUUGGCGCUGGUGCUGCCGGAGCGUCGUGA